UUAGCCCUGAGUUGUUUUCGCUUCGCUUUCCUCCUCCUCUUGCUAGUUUUGUUUGUGAGCCGGCAGAGAGGAGAAGACGACGGACGGACGGACCGACCGACAGACUCGCAGACAGACGGACUAUGGCACUCAGAGUCUAGGUCUCCGCACACACAGCUGUCGGAUGAGGCGUCGUUUAGAAACAGCAGCGGUGAAAUUGUGAACAGACGAGCGACAGACGACAGUAGGAAGCCGGUGCGAGAGUCGUGUUCGUCGGCAGCGAUGGAGGAGAAGAAGGAGGAGAGCGAGGCGGAGAUCCAGGAGCACGGACCCGAGCACUGGUUCUCCAAAUGGGAGCGGCAGUGCCUGGCCGAGGCCGAGCAGGACGAGCAGAGCGAGGAGGACGACGAGCAGGACGAGCAGAGCGAGGAGGACGUGGACCAGAGCCAGCAGAAACUCUGGCACCUCUUCCAGAACUCCGCCACGGCGGUCGCCCAGCUUUAUAAAGAUAGAGUUUGUCAGCAACAAGGGCUUUCUUUGUGGGUUCCUUUUCAAAAUGCUGCUACUGCCGUCACCAACCUCUACAAAGAGAGUGUGGAGGCCCACCAGAGAAGCUACGAGCUUGGCAUUCAGAUUGGCCACCAGCGGCGGAACAAAGAUGUGCUGGCCUGGGUAAAGAAGAGGAGGCGGACCAUCCGCCGAGAAGACCUUAUUAGUUUCCUGUGUGGCAAGGCCCCACCACCCCGCAACUCUAGGGCCCCACCUAGACUGGCCAUGGUGUCGCCCAGCCGGCCUGCGUCCUCGGAAACCAGCUCAUCCGUGGAGACAGACCUGCAGCCUUUCAGGGAGGCCAUUGCUCUGCAUGGCCUAAGUGGUGCCAUGGCAAGCAUCAGUAUGCGCUCUGGAGCCCCAGGCUCGCCCACACACCUGAGCGCCAGCUCAGCCCCUGGGCGCCGCAGGAACGGCCUCCACGACGUCGACCUCAACACCUUCAUAGCUGAGGAAAUGGCGCUCCACCUGGACAAUGGCACUCGGAAACGAAGCUCCGCCCAGUGCAAUGACGUCAUCACAGACUCACCCACCCACAAGCGCAAUAGGAUGAUCUGAGCUCUCGCGACUGGAGAAAAAAUAUCGCAGAAAACAAAGUUAAAGUAAAGUAACAGGAAAAAAAAAAGUUAAAUAAAAGCGAAAAGAAGCCACUCCUCAAGUCAUCCUCCCAUCUUUACUCUGACCGGCAGCCGACUUAUUCAGAUAAUUGACCUACGAUUGGCCGAAAGAGCCCAGUGGGGUCACAAUGGGAGGCGGAGCUCAGUGCAGAGGCCGAAGUGCCCUUCCAUAUGAUUUACGUCUACAUAAACACAACAUGCACAUGUGCGCGCCCACACACAAACACACACAAACGUACCCUACAUUCACUCUGGUUCUGUUUAUGUCUGGUGGAACAUCUCGAGUCUAUGAGGUGGCAUUAACUAAGGUGCAGGAGAAGGAGAACCGUGUGCAGAUUAAGGGCAGAGUGUCAUUCUGUGCUGAUGUGAGAGCGUGUGCAUGUGUAUCAAGUGUGUAUACAUCUAUACGUGUGUAAGACUCUUUGUGUAUGUAUGUGUGGGAGUGAGCGAUUGAGAGAGGUGUACCGUGUGUGAGAGUGCACGAGUGUGGUUCCUGCCUCUUCCAACAGCGCCUGUCACUGCCCCAGCUCUCAGCUACCACACUGCGGCUUAAAGAGCAACAAAGGCUUUGUGUAUUUUUUUUUUUUUAAGUAUUAUUUACGAUGAUAUUUUAUUUGUUUUUGGUUUUGCCAUCUUAUUGCUGCUCCAGUAGCAGGCACAAGUGCUCUGAUAGCUGUACUUAACUGUACUGAGCACGACCUUGAAUCACUUACUUUUCUUCUCUUAUGAAAUUCUUCUCUUAUGAAAUUCAUCCUCUCUCUAUGCGUUCAUUCUAUCACCCCUUUCCCCCUCUCUCUUUUUCUCUCCCAUAUCCCCUCUCUCUCUCUGCUCCUUCCCAGCACCUUUGUCUCCAGUGUAACAUUAUGUAAUGUAAAUAACUGUAGGUGCUGACAUAGACUUGUGGUACAUAUUGUAAAAAAAGAGCUGUGCAGAGACCAUUGAAUUGUUAAUGUACAAUAAUGAUUCUUGCAUUAAAGAAAUCAAGCUUUUAACUA